AUGACUCUCAAAAUAGAAACCGAAAAGAAAGAGCUAUGGAGACAUCACAACCCGAAACCAAUCCUCAGCUCCCACACAGUGGUUGAUGGAGAGAACGCCUCACUUUUAACCUUCUACCACCUGUCUACCACUGCCCAUGUGAUCAUUGAAUCAGUGCCACCCCUAGUGGCCAAAGGAGAUGAUGUCCUUUUCCUGGUCCGAGAUCUGCCAGAGAAUAUUCAAACCUUAGCCUGGUUCAAAGGGCUAACAAAUACAACAGACAAAAUUGCAGAAUAUGGACUGUUCAACAAUGUAACUGAGCCAGGGUCUGUACACAGUGGUAGAGAGACAAUAUAUCUCAACGGAUCCCUGCUGAUUGAAAAGCUCACUGAGAAGGACAUAGGAUUCUAUACCCUACGAACCUAUGAUGAACAUGCAAAAAUUGUAUCAACAACACCCACGUACCUCCAUGUGCAGGAUUUCCUCUGGAACUGUGGGCGCCAUGCCACCUCUGCCCAGCCCACUAUUGAAUCAGUGCCACCCAGUGUUGCUGAAGGGGGGAAUGUUACUCUAAUCAUUCACAAUCUCCCAGAGAAUCUUGAAGUCUUUGUCUGGUUCAAAGGAACAUCUGUGCUCUGGGAACAUGAGAUUGCCCGAUACAUAGUAGGCAGCAAAUCAAGUAUUACAAGUCCUGCAAACACUGGCAGAGAGACGUUGAACAGUGAUGGAUCCCUGGUGCUUCACAAUGUCACUCAGAACGACACCGGGUUGUAUACCCUACGAAUUCAGAGUACAGAUCUGAAAAGUGAAGAAGCCCAUGUACAACUCCAGGUUCACACCUCCCAUUCUGCCAACUCUUCCCAACUCAGGAUCCAACUACUGCCUCAGUAUGCGGCUGAAGGGGAAAGUGUUCUUCUCCGAGUCCAUAAACUUCCAGAAGAUUUCCAAGCCUUUACUUGGUACAGGACAGUAUAUGAUGAUCCAUAUUUUGAAAUUGUCAAACACAACAGAGUCCUAAAUACCACGACCUGGGGAGCUCAAUAUAGCAGAAGAGAGACCGUGUAUGACAACGGAACUCUGCAGAUCAAGAACAUCACUCAGAAAGAUGCAGGAAUGUACACACUAGCAAUCUUGAAAAGUGAUUCCAAAAUUGAAAAGGUCUAUGUGCAAUUCCACGUAAACAAGCAUGUGGAACAGCCCUUUGUGCGAGUCACUAACGAGGUAGUCUCAUCAAACAGAUCUGCCAUCUUCACCUGCGUUUCACCUGACACUGACGUCUCCAUCCGUUGGUUCUUCAAUAAGCAGCCCCUGCAACUCUCAAGGAGCAUGACUCUGUCCCCAGCAAAGUGUGGACUGAGAAUACAUCCUGUGGGGUUGGAGAAUGUUGGAGAGUAUCAGUGUGAGGUCUCCAACCGAGUCAGUCUGGCUACCAGUGCCCCACUCUGGUUUGAGUGA